AUGCGAUCCAUCAAGCCUCGCUUUGCACCCCGCCGGCUCUUCAAUUCCAGCACCGCUUCUUCUGUACCCGUGACACCAAUCACGUCGCUCUUGAUUGCGAAUCGUGGAGAGAUUGCUCUACGCAUCAACAAGACGGCCAAACGUCUCGGGAUCCAGACCACGACGUUGUACACAGAUCCAGACGCAUCCUCCCAGCAUGCAGCCUGCUCACCCAAUGCCAUUGGCCUCGGCCCCGCGAAUGCAUACCUCGACGGCGAGCGGAUAGUCAAGCUGGCGAAGCAACAUGGCAUCCAGGCCCUCCACCCCGGCUAUGGCUUUCUUUCAGAGAACUCUGCCUUUGCGGAAAGAUGCGAACAAGAAGGCAUUGUAUUUGUUGGUCCGCCUGCCAAAGCCAUGGCGGACAUGGGAGACAAGGCCAGGAGUAAAGAGAUCAUGACCAAAGCCGGCGUGCCCUGUGUGCCAGGCUAUCACGGCGGCGAUCAGGGCGAGACGGAACUCUUGAACCACGCCAAGGAAAUCAAGUUCCCGGUGCUCCUCAAAAGCGUCAAAGGUGGUGGCGGCAAGGGCAUGCGUAUCGUCAUGGAGGAGGGCGAGUUUCUACAGCAGCUCAAGAGUGCCAGGGCCGAGGCCAGGGCUAGCUUUGGUGAGGGUGGUGAGGUCAUGCUGGUCGAAAAGUACAUCAUAAGGCCACGGCACGUCGAAGUCCAGGUCUUUGCGGACAAGUUGGGCAACUGCGUUGCUUUGGGCGAGCGAGACUGCAGUGUGCAGAGACGGCACCAAAAGAUCCUCGAGGAAUCUCCGGCGCCAAACCUGGACGAUGUGACUAGACUCGACUUGUGGGAAAAGGCCAGGACGGCAGCGCUCGCUGUUGGCUACGUCGGUGCUGGUACCGUCGAAUUCAUCCUGGACAAGGACACGGGCGAGUUCUACUUUAUGGAAAUGAACACCAGAUUACAAGUUGAACAUCCCGUGAGUGAGAUGGUUACCGGCACGGAUCUGGUCGAAUGGCAAUUCAGAGUGGCUGCUGGCGAAAAGCUGCCCAUGACUCAAGAAGAGAUCAAGGAGCAGAUCAAGCAGCGAGGCGCAGCUAUCGAAGCCAGAAUCUAUGCCGAGAAUCCGGAGAAGGGUUUCUUGCCAGAUUCCGGCAAGCUUGUUCAUUUGACCACACCAAAGACCGAUGAGGACAUCAGGAUAGACGCAGGAUUUGCCGAAGGCGAUACAGUAACAGAGGCAUAUGACGGCAUGAUUGCGAAACUUAUCGUACGAGGCGAUGACCGAGAAACGGCCAUCAGGCGGAUGGAGCGAGCUUUGCGCGAAUAUGAAGUUGUGGGACUCAGUACGAACAUCGAGUUCCUGAAACAGCUCUGCAAUUCUCCGGCUUUCAUCGAGGGGGAUGUGGAGACAGGCUUCAUCAAGAAAUGGGAAUCGGAACUGUUUGCACCAAAGAUUGCAAAGCCUGAAGUGUACACACAAGCUGCGCUGGGCUUAUUUGUGUCCUCGUUGCAAUCCACGGCUGGGCUCCACGGUGGCUCGCUGGGUUUUGGACAAGGAGCCACGGAACAUACCUUCACAUUUAAGAACUUGGAUGUCCUGGACCAGAAAGAGGGAGAGGUCGUCAAGGUUGUCAUUACUCAAAAGGGCAACCAACUCUAUGAUGCCCAGGUCGUCAGGAAAGACGAAGCGCCCGUCAAAUUUGAAAAUCUGGUUUCAUCGCCCAUUCUGGGGUUGCAAAAGACAAAUCUGACCACAUUCUUCCCCGACGCUAGAGUAGAAACGACCGUCGUCCAAGAUCCCAACAAUGAUAACAAGGUGUCAGUAUUCCAACAUGGCAUCAAGACCGAGUUAUCAUUGGUAUCGCCGUUGUGGUAUGAAAAGGCUCUGGGUAUCAAGGAGGUCACGGCCUCUGUAGUUGCACCGAUGCCUUGCAAGGUGUUGAAGAAUGAGGUUCAAGAAGGUGAUGUCGUGGCAAAGGGUGCUCCUCUUGUCGUCAUUGAAUCCAUGAAGAUGGAAACAGUCAUUCGAUCACCCCAAGACGGUGUCAUCAAGAAGCUCGCUCACAGGGCUGGCGAUGUGUGCAAAGCCGGGACUGUAUUAGUAGUCUUUGAAGAAGAUGGUGCCGCCCAACAGUAA